CUACCUGUGUAUAAAAUUGCAAUCUGCAUCGUUCAUAAAGUUAGUUGCAGGAAAAAGCUUCCUGUGUUCAUUUCGCAAAAUGUCCGGCCUUAUUUGGAUAUUUUGUCUUCUGGCGAUUAGUCAUCAGAUUGAAGGUAAUAUUCAAGGCUUACCGAUUCAGUCUUUAUCGCCACGACUUGCAUCAGCUAGAGCCGAAGCAACUUGCACCAAUAUAUACGGUCCAAUCUGUGGCGAUUGCAACACACUUUGGACGUGCUUAGGAGAAAGUACGGCCUACAAAACUCAAAACUGCGAGAAGAAUUACCCGGGACAACCAUAUUGUGUUGAUGGUGCUUGUAACAGUACACCGGAUCCGAAUAACGAUGAAUGUACUACAACAACAGGAAUCACCUGCACUGGAACGGGAUAUUUUCCGAAUCCAUUAAACUGCUCGCAAUAUUAUUUCUGCCAGAAACCCCAAGGUUCAUCGAUGCCAUAUGAAUGUCCAUCAGGCUUUGCAUAUAAUUCCCAAACAAAGCAAUGCAAGCGUCGAAUACUGCCUGCAGAUUGCAGUACCAUAAACUGUGCACCGAAUCCCGAUCGAUACGUUGUUUACGGCCCUGAUCCAUCAUAUUAUGCAUUGUGUUUGGUUACCGACGGCGUUGUAGCACCGAUUAUGUUCAAAUGUCCAACUGCCGAACAAUUUGUACAAUCUCAACGACGAUGUGUAUUCCAGUGUAAGCAGGAGGGAAGAGUUGUUGACGCUAAGGACUGCACGAAGUAUUAUGAAUGCUAUAAGAGUGGACUGAAUUUCAUCACGUUACAUCAAAAAUGUUUGACUGGAUUCAUAUUUAGCAGCGAGGAGAAUGGUUGUGUUGAGGGUACAUGUCCAGAAGGAAAUGGUGGAACCGCUGGAGCGGGAGAAGGAGGUAGUGAAGGUGGAAGUUCAACGGGAUAAAUACUAAGUCCGAUAAUUUCCAAACAUAAUAAAAUGCUGAGCCAAACAAAA